CUACUUUCCAACUUCGUCCCGGAAGCACCUAAGCUACUCAUGCUCGAUUCUCGUUAAUGACAUGGAGGUUGGAUUAGCAUUGUCAUCAUCAAAGUUUGCCGGUGCAUCCAACCACUGUGAUUAUUUUUGUCUUGCUUGAGGUGUUUUCAGGAUUCAUUAUAAAAAGUUCCAUGAUGUCGGUCAAAAAGCUCUGCCCUGAGUGAAAUUAGUCAAUUUUCAGUUCACCUUAUGUGCCGGAAAUGGAUCCUGGAGGGGCACUCAAGAUCAGUCGGCUCUUUAAAGUCCACUAUGGUGGGGACGGGGUGGAUUUUGUGGAUCAGUUAAACUAUCAGUUCACCAGUGGAAUGAUUAUUGUAUUUAUCGUGAUGAUCGGAUUUCGACAGUAUGUGGGAAAACCACUUCACUGUUGGGUUCCGCAAGAAUUUACCAGUUCAUGGGAAGACUAUGCAGAGAAUUUGUGUUGGGUCCAAAACACCUACUUCCUACUUCCAAAUGAAGCCAUCCCGGAAGAAGAUUUUGAAAUGCUUCGGGUUCGUCAUAUCUCGUAUUACCAAUGGGUGGCAAUCGUGCUUGCUGGUCAAGCUAUGAUGGCCUGGGUUCCUCAGAUGUUCUGGCGUGUCUGGUCUAAACGCGUCCCUGUCCUGCUGCGUAACGCUCGAGAAGCCGCUGUGCCUGAUAAGGAGACGCGACACAAAGCUAUCAGCUGCCUUGUCGCCGCCUUAGAAGAGGUAUCGGAGGCGUCCAAACGAUUUCGCAGAACUCGUGGUGUAUUCAAACGAUGCCUACGCGGUGCCCCACCAACAACUCAAAUUACGUUGCUCUUCCUAUUUGUACGCUUUCUAUUCAUUGCGAACAAUGUUGGGCAAAUUUACAUAAUGCGACGUUUUAUCGGGACAAACGACACAUUGUUCGGCCUCCACGUCUUUCAGGAACUAAUGACCGGCAGCCAAUGGGAAGUGUCAGGAUUGUUUCCCCGGGUGACAUACUGUGAUGUGAAAGUCAGAAAACUGGGUCAGUUAAAACCCGCCUCUUACACCCUGCAAUGUGUGCUUCCAGUUAACUACUUCAUCGAAAAAGUGUACGUGUUUCUAUGGUUUUGGUUCAUUAUUGUGGCAGGAAUCACUGCAUUGAACACGCUACAAUGGAUAUUCAAUGUGUGCGUCCCAUUCCGUCGUGUCUAUUUUGUCCGUCAAUACCUGAAAGCACUCAAACAGCUCUCGCAUACCGAAGAGACCGAAUGUGCUCGCUUCGUAAACAACGAUCUUGGCUGUGAUGGAGUUUUCCUUCUUCAGGCCGUCAGUCGUAUCUCAAGUGACCUUAUUGUGCUCGAUGUGACUGGAAUGCUCUGGACCAACUAUCAACGGGCCAAAAUAACAGGAACUGAAGGAGAUAUUACACGGUUUAUUGAAAGUAUCAAUCGGGUUGGUGGAGUUGGUACCGUAUAG